CGUAUGUGUGUGUAUCUUCAUAUCACGUAUAACUUUUGCUAACUGCUAAGUUGUUUACUCAUUAAUAAUAGAACAAUUUAUACUUAAUUAUUAUUACAAAGUGCAACUUUAUGAAUUGUUUCAUCUCAACCCCAUGUAUUAAAAGAAAAUUAAGUAGUAAUCAGCUUCUCAGCUGAUCAUUUGCCAGAACAUCAAGUUGUGUUGUUUAUCGUGCGUUUUAUUGCGUUUAUAAACACUUGAUAAGUUUAUUCAAAGACUUUGUUGAAUUGUUGUCGUACUUAGUGUUUUUUUUUAGUUACGCUUGGUCACAUUUCAGAAUUCGUUAGUUGUCUGUAGUCUUGUCAAGUUUUGUUUACAAUUGUGUGUUGCUAUUGAAAAAAGUGUCAGCCAAGGAGAAAAUGCAGAGAAAAAAACAUUUUUGAUCCACAAUUAGUAUUAAAACUGAGAGCAGGACAUCACUGGCUCAAGCAAGUAUUGAAGCUGUUGUGUGUAAAAAUGUCUGCAGAGCAGAGCUCAGAUGAUGUGUCAAAUGCAUCUGCCAGGUUGAGUAAUUUAAGGCUAAUUCACGAAGAUCCAGGAGCAGAUGAGGCUCUUGCGGGUCCAUCUGAAGUCGAAAAUGCAGAAGCUUUCAACAAUUCACCUCAAAACAUGCAACCAGCUGGCAACUUUAUGCUGAACAGAGCUAGAAGGGCUGUCACCUUUGUAUCUGAUGAAGAGCAAGCAUCUGUUGGUCCCAGAAGUGGUGAACCUUCUACUUCAAACUAUGAUAAUAGGCCACCUAGCAACUCAGCAAUUGUCUCAAGGCCUGAAACAAGAUCUCGUAUCAGUAUUCCAUUGGAAAAUGGGGCAUCAAGUUCUACAACGCCACGUGAGUACAACUGGCAAGGCAGCAAGGCAACGAUGCGUGAGCGUUUCGCUUUCCUCUUUAACAACCACAUCCUCUCGGACGUGAGAUUUCGCGUAGGCACACAGAAGCGCAUAAUUCCAGCUCACAAGCUCGUCCUGUCAUCUGGCAGUGCUGUUUUCGAUGCCAUGUUUAACGGCACCUUGGCCACCUCGUCAGACGAAAUCGAAGUACCUGAUGUCGAGCCCGAGACUUUUCUGGCUGUUUUGCUCUAUCUCUACACUGAUGAGCUGCUAAUCAAUCCCGACACUGUUAUGACGACCCUCUACACCGCCAAGAAAUACGCCGUGUCUUCUUUGGAGAAACAUUGCGUCGAUUAUCUGAGGAGUAAUCUAACGACCGACAAUGCAUUUUUGCUGCUGGCGCAAGCUCGACUCUUUGACGAGCCGCAGCUCGCUGCAGUCUGUCUCGAUACGAUCGACAAGUUUACGACUGAGGCGCUCAAUGCCGAUGGCUUUACGGAUAUCGACAUAGACACACUUAUUACUGUUUUGGAGCGGGACACGUUGCGCGUCAGAGAACUGAAAAUUUUUCAAGCUGUAGUCAGGUGGUCAGAGGCAGAAUGUGUCAGGCAACAGUUGCCAGUUACACCGGAUAAUCAGAGAUCCUUUUUAGGUAAAGCUAUUUCUUUAGUUCGUUUUCCGCUUAUGUCAAUGGAGGAGUUUGCUAGUGGCCCAGCUCAGUCUGGACUACUAACUGACCGUGAAAUCGUUUCGAUAUUUCUUUACUUUACUCUUAAUCCAAAACCGAGAGUCGGGUUCGAGGCUAUGCCGCGAUGCCUGAUGAUGGGCAAGGAACAAACCGUUUGUCGAUUUCAGCAAACGGCUUCGGAGCGCUGGGGAUACAAUGGCACUAGUGAUAGAAUAAGAUUUUGUGUCGAUAGGCGAAUAUUUUUAGUAGGCUAUGGAGUUUACGGUAGUGUAUUUGGUCCGGCUGAGUAUGAGGUCCUGAUUGAACUGAUUCACACUGCAUCUGGUAAAGUGAUAUCUAAAAAUCAGACUAGCUUCAAUUGCGAUGGCUCGAACUACACUUACCGCUUGAUAUUUAAAGAGCCAGUCGAAAUUCUACCAAAUACCAUUUAUACAGCUUCUGCGACUUUUUCAGGUCCAGAUUCGUACUACGGCACCAAAGGACUGAGACGUGUUACCGUUGACUGUGGAUCUAAACACGGAAAAGUAUUGUUUUCCUUCAAUUACGAAGCUGGCGAAAAUAAUGGUACUUCGAUCGAAGAUGGACAGAUUCCCGAGCUUAUUUUUUAUACGUAAAAAGUUUGUCAGUGUACGAGACAUUUAAGUAUUUGCAUUUUUUUCGAAUAUGCCAUUCAUAUACCUACAUCCAGUAAAAAUGCUUAUAGUCAAAUUAAUAAAUGUUUUGAAUAUGUGAUAUUUUGUUUUUAUGGACAUGCUUUAUUUAAACCAUAUUUUGUUAUAUAUUUUGAAAUGAUUGUAUCAU